AUGGGAAUUCAGGGAUUAAUGAGCUUUGUGGGGUCUAACAGAAACUUCUUCAACAACGUGCAGAUGAGAAACACAAAACUAAUUAUUGAUGGAAACAAUCUAUACUACAACUUAUACUUCGAUUCUGGUUUGGACCUUGUGCAUGGCGGAGACUAUGACGCAUUUACUGACAUGCUUAAUAAAUUCUUUGAAAGUUUGGCCAUGUGUAACAUACAAGCCUAUGUUUUGUUUGACGGAGGCUGCGAUAUAUCCGAUAAGAAACUAGAAACCCUAAAGCAACGCUUCAGAGACAAAAUAAAGAUGGCAGAGAAGCUGUCCACCGGGAAAGGUGGCAGCUUGAUUCCUCUCCUGAUAAGGCAGGUGUGUCUGCAGGCCUUAAGAAAGCUGAAUGUGCCAUUUGUCCAGUGUUUCUCAGAAGCCGAUAGGGAAAUAGUUGCACUAGCCAACUCGUGGAACUGCCCCGUGCUGACCUUUGACAGCGACUUCUGUAUCUAUGACAUAAAGGCUGGCUAUUGCCCCCAAAAUGCCUUUCAGUGGAAAAAUAUUGGUACCAUGAAAGAAAGCCACGAGUGUUAUAUACCAGCGCACAGUUUCUCAGCACAGAGAUUUUGCAGCUAUUUUAACAACUUGAAUAUGUCUUUGCUGCCUCUUUUUGCAGUGCUCAGUGGCAAUGACUACAUCAGCCUGCCGGCUUUGGAGAUCUUUUUUAGUAGGGUUCAUUUGCCGAUAGGAAACAUAAGUCACAGCGGCCGUAAACAUGUUCGGAUACAAGGCCUAUUACAUUGGCUGUCUCGCUUUGCAGAUGUAGAGGAAGCCGUGGAGAGCGUGCUGAACUAUCUUAACUUGAAGGAUCGGGAGUCGGUCAGAGAGCUCCUUUAUUCAGCCAUGGAAGAAUAUAACCUUUAUGACACAGUCAACCUCGAGCAGUUUUUUGAUGGAGGUUUGUAUGUGUCUCCCACUGCAGUGCAGCUAAACUUGCCCGAUUGGGUGCAAGGCGCUUUAGCAAAAGGCGUUCUCUCUCCAUUACUGAGUGAUGCUUUGGUGCUGAGGAGGGUGUUUCUUCAUGUGCAGGUUGAGGACUUUCGAAGGAUGACUGCCCACUUCAUAGCACAGCCUAUUCGUAAAGUUAUCUAUGCACUACUACUAAACAUGUACCAGAGCUCACAACCUGAGCUUCAAGGAAGUAAGCAGACUAAGCAGACAGUUGUUGAAGAGUUUGACAGACUGGAGACUAGUCUAAGAAGAUCCAGAGUAGAGAUAAGUUUAAUUUCUGAAGACAGCAAUGAAGAUCUUACACUUCAAAAUCUUCCAAGGCUCCCCUGGUCCAUAAGAUUAAAGCUACUCUUACGGACCAUCGAAAUGAAAAUGACUGAUCUGAAGUCCGUAGCUCCAGCUCACCAUCUAACACUGGCUGCAGUUUGUUACUGGAUCAGACAUGCGGAGCCAAAAGUGAAAAUGCAUCAUUGCAAGGCUGUCCUAAUGGGAAUUGUUUAUGGAGAGAUCUAUGACAAUUUGAGUAGGCCUGACUUUCAGUAUGAUGGCCCUCAGGUCGUGUAUGAGCAGUUGAAACAGAUGAAGUCGGAAGGUGCACGGCUCGGGAAGCUGAACUUGGACGAUCUUCAUAUACUUUGCCAAUGGCAGUGUUGCCUGCAGAUGGUCCUGUCUCUUAAUCAGCUUCUCUGUGCACCUAUACCAGAGCCGGAUAUAACCAGAUCAUACAGCGGUCCUCUUGUGUAUUAUUUGGUGCAGAGGCUGAAGACGUUGCCUACUACAGAAGACAUUUUCAAGCCAUGUCCACCACUGGAAAAGUUAUAUCGGGACUGUGUUGGUAUUGUAAUGUCUGCUCUACCCCCAGACUAUUUCCAGAGUAGAUCUAAAUCGGCAUCCAAGAAAUCAAAGAAAACGACUAAAUCAGGCAAAAUGUCAGCUAAUAAUGAGAUGCCAAACAGGAUGGAGAAUCACCCUAAGUGUGAUGCAACCAACCGGUUUGCUUCUCUGUUACUAGAGUAA